CAUUACCGCCCCUCUCCCCUUAUCCCCCACCACGCCCCAAGCAGGCCUUUCUCCCCCCAGCCUCCCGUCUCCCUGCCCUUAGUACCGCCGCGCUCUGCCGUGCGUCCACCCUUGCCCCACUUCAUACCACCUCCCCCUUCCUCUCCCCCCCCCCCCGGCUUCUCCCUAUCAUCACCCGCAUGUUCCCCCACUCCCUGUCCACAACGUCCCUCCACCCCCUUCCUGCUUUCCCCACUCCCACUCUGCCCCCCACACCUCUACGAGCCGUACUUCCCCCUCCAGCCUCCCUUUCCCCCCCAGCUACUUCCGCAUCCAGCGUGGGCUGCACCUCUGCAUCCGCCCUGCCAGGCCCUUCGCCACCUACCCCAGCCUCCCUCUACCUCUCCCUAACUCCACCACCGCCGUUCCUACCCCCAGCCAAGGUCUACACCCCUUGCUUUUGCUCCCUGGGCUGUGCCGUCCCCAAACCUCCUCCCGCCUUUCCGCGGCACCAGACCGCCUCUCCCUCCCCAGCCAACUUUUGCACCCCCUGUUCCUGCCCCUUGUGCCCUCCAACACCCUACCUCAACCCCCCCCAGUCUCCCCCUUCUCCAACACCCUCCAUAUUUCCUCCCCCCUGGGGCUCGCCCAUCCGCAGCUAUCACCCUUCAUCGAUUCCCCAAUUCCCUCUGUCCCCUGUUUCCCGGCCCCGCAUCCUAUCCUGCAUUUACCACAGCACCUCCUUUCGGUGCCCUCUCUGCCCUCCCACGUUCUCACCCCCCGCCUCCCAACCUUCUCAUUACCCGCUACCAGGCUCACGCCAACUCGACUACCCACUACCCUUUGCCCCUUCCUCUCUGUUCCCCACCCUUCCUUUCCCACCUGGCUCCACCUGCCCACCCCCACCUCCCGUGGAAUUCUGCCCUGCCCUCCCCACCUCUGGCCCACCACCUGUCCCCACACCCUGCUCACCCACCGCUACACCACCCCCGCCCCCCCACCUCCACUACAGCCCGCCAACACUUCCCCUCUCAAUCGGCCCCCAGCCCGCCCCCCCCUUGGGCCCCAAUCCCCUCCAACUGUCAGGCCCCCUCUACCCUCUCUUCCACCCACUGCGCACCGCUUUCCCCACCCUUUUCCCCUUUCCCCAAGCUAACCCCCCGCACCCCGGCCUCUGCCAGGGAGUUCCUUCCCCCUUUGACGCCCUCUUGAGCCAACCCCAGCAACUCACACCGCCACCGCCAGGCAUGCUGCCUCUAGCCAGGGGGGAACUUGCAGCUGACACUGCACGGGAAGGGGUAAGUGAGUUUGUGUGUGAAGGAGCAGCAGAGGCUACAGAGGAUGGGGCAGCAAAGGCUGCACGGGAAGGGGCAAUGGGGGUUGUGGGGGAAGGGGCAGCAGAGGCUGCAGAGGAAAGGGCAGCAGAGGCUGCAAGGGAAGGGGCAGCAGCGGCUGCACGGGAAAGGGCGGCAGGGGCUGCACGGGAAGGGGCGGCAGGGACCGUGACUCUGGCCAGGCAAAGGGCAGAGGCCAUGGAGACAGGUUUUGCAGGAGUAGGGGCCACGGAACCUGCUGCUGCGUCGGCUGGGGGAACCGCAGCAGAGGAGGCUAUAGGGACCGCACCAGUCGAGGCUGCAAGGACUGCAGCAGGAGCGACAGAGGCCACAGCGGGGGCUGGUAUAGGGGGAGGUGCUACGGGUGCAGCGGGGAAGGGGGUAACGGGGACUGGUGCGAGGGAGAGUGCCGCCCCGGCUGUAGCAAGAGAGGGUACGGCAGGGGCCUCAAAGGCAGAAGGUGAGGCUGCAGCUGAAGCAGCAGGGAGGGCCAUAGCACGGCCAGUAGGGGCGGCAGGGGCCGCAGCAAACUCGGGGAAACACACAGCAGGGCCGGCAGGGCCGGCAGAGACUGCAAAAGGGGCUAGCAGUAAAGCGGCAGCAGGCGGGGUGGGCUUGGGGGACAUAGGGGCAACAGGGGAAGGAGAGGGGAGGGUGGUCCCGACCGGGGUGGGCACUGAAGAGGGGGAUGUGAUAGCGAUAGAGGAGGAUGAGGGAGAGGAUGUGAUGCACAUUGACGGGCCACUGGCCCAAUACCUCACGCUUGACGGUGAGGCCGACCCGGCCCCCCUGCAGCCUCACGUCGAGGUUCCCCCUCUACCCCCCAUGCCCGUCCCCAUGCUAGCAGAAGGACCGAUGGAGGGGCUGGGGGAGACCUUGAGGACAGAGCCGCGCGAGGGAGCCCCCAUCCUCACCUCCCGUCCUCCAGCCCACCAGCCCCCAGGAGCACCACUUCCCCACCCCCACCCUCAGGUCCCGGUAGUGUCCAGGGGGGCAGCCAAGGCCCUGGCCUUCUUGGCGGAGCCGUGCUCCCCGACCCCCACGCUGCUCCAUGGCCAGCCCCCCUCUCCGUCCCCAACGCCUGACCCCACGGUUGCAGGCGGUCCACCGGGAGAGCACGCGGCACACCUCUGCCCCCACCCUCAGGGGCUCCUUAGAGCACCACGUGGAGCAGCCAGGGCUCUGGUCUUCCUAGAGGAGCCAUGCUCCCCGACUCCUACCAACACCCAGCCACCCCUUACCGGCCCACUACCCCCUCCUCCACCAGGCCCCCCCCCACCCGGUAGUACACACAUCUCGGAGGUUGAAGCAUCUCUGCGGCCAAAUCCCUCUCCCACACGCUACAGGCACCCAAACCACCCGAGUCGCCGCACAGCCCCAACACGCCCACCCAACAGGCUGCCCUCCCCACACCACCCCCCCCAGGCAGCCGAGACCCACCCGCAAGGGCUUGCGCCCCAGGCUCAUGGGAGCGGCGGCACCCGGGUAGAGGGGCCCACAGGAGAGGCCACCACAGAGCCCACACAAAUCUCUCUCCCCCCACCGUUUGUACCUCGCUCUAACCUCCACACUGGCCCAGCCCCUCGACCCCCACCUCCAACCCCCUCUCCCGGCCGGGUUCCCCACGAGUGGCCCCGUUGGGCAGCCAUCACCCCCCACACACAGCUUGCCCGAUCUGUUCCCACGGAGGGGGAUGUUUCGAGGAGAGUGGGGAUGCACACAGAGCACCCCCUGCCUGGCGAACCACCCAUCCUCCCUCCACCCACCCCUUUGGCCCCACAGCCCCCCCUUCCUUCACAAACAGGCGCGGACAACCAGGUUGGCCGCCGGCGGAAGAACAGGGGCAGAGGAGGCAGAGGGUCAGCCCACGUACUCCCCCCUCCCUCCCUCCCCCACCAAGAGCCCCUCCCCACCUCACAUCCCGUUGAACAAUUACCAGGCCCUACCUCUACAGCCCGUCCACCAAACCUACACUCCCGCCCCGCUCCUGCACCUCCACAGGGCCAUGGGAGCGGACCAGCCCACUCACCCCCAUUCUGCCCCUCCCGUGCUGUGUCCCCCUCCCAGGUGGCGGCGGCCGCGAUCGCUACUGGGAGGGGGGCCGUCGGGUUGAGGGAUGCGCCCAUGGCAGACGCCACCGACUCCCCCUCCCAUCCCUCCCACCCCUUCCAUGUCGACGACCCCCUACCGCAACCCAUGGUGAUUGGGGAGGGCCAAGGGGGCCUUCUAGGGCAGGGUCCACACCCGAGCUCCGCUCAGCCAGCACGCCCCACUCCACCCUCUACCCUGCCAGCCCUCCUACUCUCACCUACAGGCAGGCAGGUCUUCGAGACCCCAGAGGAGGUGAGGGCUGGCAUUUCAGAUUUGCUGGCGAUACACCGCCUGAGCAGCUCUCCGGCUGCCCCCACCCUUCCAGUCCCACAGGACCGGACCCGGACGUAUGCGGAGGUCACCCGGUCUGUCCCUUCUUUUAUCCCCCCCGCCACUCAGCCAGGCGCGUCACUCCCGACCCCAAUGGAGACGGACCGGGGUCUGAGGCCGUGUCACUCGCACCUAGACGGGGUGGCGCCUCCCCCCGUUCAGCCCGUGGCGCAGGAGGUCACCAGCAGUAGGGAUGAGGCAUCCGCCCCUACCGAGACCCCUCCGCCUGGGGUAGCAGAGCCGUCACUUGAACCGCACCCCGCCGAGGGGCAGGAGCACACCACGGCACACACUUCAGGCUCACCUCCACGUCCCCCCUCCCCAGCUUCAACACCGGUGCCGGCACGAGGCCCGGCCCUAUCCUGCGAUCCUGUCGGAGCUCAGGCCGCCCACGGGGUCCCCUCUACAGCCAGUUCCGACGCCACGGCCCCGAUUGACCCCGCCGACACGGCGACAUCACCCGACCAGGUCGUGAGUUGCCCCACCUGCAGGAGCUCUCUCGCGAACCGACGCGCGCUCCAGCACCACAUUCCCUUCUGCCAUCCUGCGGACGCGGCUCGCAGGGCGCAGGCUGCCCAUGAUACCGCCUCGAUCAUCCCUUCCCUCUCACAGCCCCGUGCGACCGGGAUGCAGUUCACCGACGCACAGUGGCAGACGCUCGACUCGGUGGACUGGACAGAGUACUUCUCGCCCGAGCGUAUCCAUACACGCCCUCUCCGACGUGUCCCGGAGAGGGUCCGCGGAGGAUAUCUUGACGUCCUCAGUGCGAUCCUAGUCCGCAUUGCCCAGGACCCGGAGGCUGCUGGCCCUACCUUCCUCCUCGCUGCAGCGCCGACUCUUUUCCUUGUUCCAGCGACGCCACCCGACCGCUCGCACACGGCUGCCAUUGCAACGCGCAUCUCUCGCUUUGGUCGAGGUGAGUGGGCUGAGCUAGUCUCAGAUGCACUAGGCCGUCGCACACCCCUUCCUCGCCGCACAGGUCACCGGUCACGCACCGCCACCGAUCCCUCUGCAGCAGAUGAGCGCCGCAUUGCACGUUGCCUUCGUCUGGCAGCGUGCAAUGAGACCUCACGGGCGUGCGCGGCUCUCGAGUCCGCGGAGGCAGCCCCAGAUACACAGGGGACGAUACAGCGCCUGCAGUCGAAGCACCCCAACGCGGAGAGGCCGACCCCAGCUUGGCUGUCUGGCUUCCAGGGGUCCCCUCUCGUGCUCUCGGUGGAUCACUUACGCCGCGCGAUUUUCACAGCUCCGCGGGGCUCUUCGGGAGGACCGUCCGGUUGGGUCGCUGAGCACCUGCGAGACACUUUCCUAGCUUUCCCUCAGAGUCUCCAUUUCCUCCUGGCCGUGUACCAGCAGUGGCUCCGAGGCCGUUGCGCUCCAGCUGCGCGCUCCUUGCUAGCGUCCUCCACCCUCGUGGCUCUGGCGAAGUCGAACAUGGAUGUUCGGCCGAUUGCCAUCGGCGAGGUUUUGGUCCGCAUUCUUUCUCGGGCAGUUUGUCUCCAGCUACGUGACCAGAUGGCGAGGGUCUUCUUGGCAUCACAGCAGUUUGGGGUGGGGGUUACGUGCGGGACAGAGGUCGUAGUUAGAGGCGUCCGCCGCGCUCUGGCUGACCACCCAGACUGGGUGGUCCUGCAGCUAGACGUGGCGAAUGCCUUUAACUCUUUCCACCGAGACAGGAUGUUUCAGGCGCUGCAGGCCAGUCCGGAGUUUCAGUGUCUGAUCCCCUUCAUCGGCCUCUUCUACGGGACGCCCUCGGAUCUCCACUACAGGUCAGGCACGGGAGUGGUCACGAUGCACUCGGAGCGGGGCACUCGCCAGGGAGACCCUCUCAGCCCCUUCUUGUACGCUCUGACACAGCGUCUUGCUUUGGAGCCGGUUCUGGCGGAGGGGGAUGUCCAGCUCUGGUCGUACGCCGAUGACACGUACGUGCUAGGUCCCCCAGACAGGGUGCUGCACCAUUUUGCCGAGAUCGUGAGGCGCUUGGGCGAGAUGGGCCUUGCAGCCCAGCCGCACAAGUGCCUCGUCUACCAGACAGAGUCCUUUCUGUCCAGGGAUCUGGAGGCUUUCACGGGCCUAGGGAUCGAGGUCGCACGCCGAGGGCUCACCGUGACAGGCGUACCGGUAGGCACCGUUUCGUUCGUGGAGCAGAGUCUCCCGGAUCGUCUCGAGAGGAUGGGGCGGGUGCUACCUUGGCUUCCGAGGUUGCGCCAGCCCCAGACAGCUGCCCGCCUUCUUUCGGCGUGUGUCAGCACUCGUCCGCAGUACCUGUCGAGGACCGUCCCUCCUUCGCCCGCAGUGAUCUCCAGUUUUACACGGUGGGACGCACGCCUGGGAGAGACUUUUCAGCAGCUUUUAGCUUCAGGGACCUGGGCUUGUCGCGAGGACGUCCGAGAGGCCGCCCUAGACCAGAUCUUCCUCCCCAUCCGUCUCGGGGGUUUCGGCAUUCGUCGCAUGGCGCGCAUGGCCCCGGUGAGUUUCGUGUGCUCCUGGGUGCAGUGUGCACCCAUUCUCUGUUCUCUCCCUGCGUGUGGCGAGGUGUUUCGGCAGAGCUUCGCUUCAGGUGAGCCAGAGCAGAUCGACCGGGCUCUGCAGACGGCGCUAGAGGGUCUCCCUCCUGACGUUCUCUCUCUCCUUCCCCCCUGGCCCUCUUGCGCUUCUGCCUCCCCCGAUUCCCUUUUUGCAGGAGCGAGCCGUCUUCUGGAGGCGCAUGCCUUGGAGGCCGUGCGUGCCCGUCACACCUCUCCCUUGCACCUUGCCCGUUUGACUUCCCUUCAGGGCGGAGGUGCAGGAGCGUGGUUGACGUCGGUGCCGUACGCCGACCCACUGCGCAUCCCGGAGGCGCUGUGGCAGGCGGCUUCAUCUUCUCGUCUUGGUCUCCCUAUCCCCCAGUUAGCCCUUGCAGGUCAGUGCUCCUGCGGACAGGCGAUUGACGACAUGACGGUGCCUCAUCACGCGGUUCGGUGCCCGCGUUACGGGGUCGCCACUACCAUCCACGACACGGUGAAGUACAUGCUUCGAGACUUUGCGGUCGAGGCGGGCUUCGCGGUAAAGGUGGAGGACUCUACGCUGUUCACACAGUUGGAGGCGGCUCGAGCGAGACUACUGGGACAGCCAGUGGUGGGAGAGGGGACACGGGCUGAGGGACCGGGGGAGCGGAGAGGCGAGGCGGGACAGCCGGGUGGCGGGGGACAGUGGGGACGGCACCAGCUGCGGGGUCAGGUGGAGCGAGGGACAGGUGGGCAGAGGGGACGGCAGGGGGAGCAGACGGGCCAGGACGGGGAGGGGGGACGGCACAGGCAGCAGCAGGAGAGCCAGUGGAGGCCGCGGGCCCAGGGCGCCGCGCCUCCAGGUUCGGCCUCGGGGGCGGGGCAGGGGCGGGAGCAGCAGAGAGCGGACGGAGGUACAGGAGGGGCAGCGGGAUUGGGAGGGGAGGGCCAGGGAGUGAGAGAGGCAGCAGGGGAUGGAGCAGGGGGGUCGGGAGGUUUGGGGGAGGGUAGGGAGGGGGAGGGGAGAGGACAGGUGGAUGGAGGAGAGGAGAGGGGGAGAGAGACGAUCGGAGAGGGGGCACCAAGGGACCAGACAGGGCAGCAGCCAGCGCAACAGCAGGGACCAGUCGGACGCACAGGCCGUGUAGGCACCGCCUCCCGCAUUCCAGACCUCACCUGCCGCGACGUUGGCCAGGGUCUGAUGGUUCUUGUGGAUGUCUCCAUAGCGGAUCCACAGCGGGAGGGGAACGUGCAGCUGAGACGGGCGACCCCCACACAGAUUGGAGUGGCAGCAGCUAGGCGGGUGCAGGAGAAGCUGCGUCACUGGGGGCCGCACUUAGAGGGGCUGCAGCCGGCACCACACUUUUACGCGUGCGUGGCGGAGACCUUUGGCCUUCUGAGUGAGCCGCUGCGUCAGUUUCUGGGGCUCUGCGCAAAGAGGAUAGCACAGCGGAGGAGGGAUAGAGGUGGGGGGGAUGACGGAUCGGCACGGAUAUUUGAGGCAGGACUCACUACACGCCUCUCCGUUGCACUGCAGCGCGCGCAGGCUCAAUGCAUGAUCCAGCAUGCGGUGCGGCAGUUAGGGAGUCACACCCCCUGCCCCCUCAUGCCAUCCGCUCCCCCCGCCCCUACCCUCCGCGUGCCCGCUCCCUUGCCGCCUCUUUUGACCCUCCCUGCCCCCCCUCGCCGUUUCCCACCGCCCGCCAUUCGCUCCUCCCCGCCCGUGCGCUCCCCUCCUUUACCUUCUCCUCCCCCCUCCCCUCCUCUGCUGCACGCCUCUUCCUUCCCCUCGCCGACCCACUCCACUCCCUGCCCCUCCUCAAUCCGCACCCUGCCCCUCGUAUCUCGCCCCCCUAUGCUUGCUUCUCCCCUCCCUGCCCCUCCCUCCUCCCCGCCCUGCCCCUCAUUUUCCGCCCCCCCCCCCCCACGCCCGGUUUCUCCCCUCCCCGCGCCUCCCUUUCUUUCUCCGUGCCUCUCCUUUGCUCCCUCCCUGCCCCCGCCUGCCCAUGCCCCUGUCUUUGGCUUCUCCCCUCCCUGCCCCACGUUUCUUCCCUCCCUGCCCCCCGUCUGCCCCUCCCUUGUUUUCCCCUCACCCAUUGCUUCUCUCCUCCCUGCCCUUGAUUUCCCACACCCCUGCCCUCGUUUCCUAUCAUCCAUGCCCCUCCCCCUGCCCGUUGCUGCCCCUCCCCUUGCCCCCUCAACUCCCCUGCCCCCCGUACACCCCAAGUCCCAUCCAACCGCCCCCACCCUCCCCCGGCUGCCCGUUUCCGCUCUCCACCCCCGCGACCGUGUGCGGCUUCCAACCGCCCAACGGUGUCACACCCCCUGCCCCCUCAUGCCAUCCGCUCCCCCCGCCCCUACCCUCCGCGUGCCCGCUCCCUUGCCGCCUCUUUUGACCCUCCCUGCCCCCCCUCGCCGUUUCCCACCGCCCGCCAUUCGCUCCUCCCCGCCCGUGCGCUCCCCUCCUUUACCUUCUCCUCCCCCCUCCCCUCCUCUGCUGCACGCCUCUUCCUUCCCCUCGCCGACCCACUCCACUCCCUGCCCCUCCUCAAUCCGCACCCUGCCCCUCGUAUCUCGCCCCCCUAUGCUUGGUUUCUCCCCUCCCUGCCCCUCGCCGCCUUUCCCCGCUCCCCACCUCCCCCCUCUCCCUGCCCCCCCCACUCUCCCCCCCCCUUGUCCUUGGCUUCCUACCUCCCUGCCUCACCUUUCCCCCCUCCGUGUGCUCAGCUUCUCCCCUCCCUGCCCCUCCCUCCUCCCCGCCCUGCCCCUCAUUUUCCGCCCCCCCCCCCCCCACGCCCGGUUUCUCCCCUCCCCGCGCCUCCCUUUCUUUCUCCGUGCCUCUCCUUUGCUCCCUCCCUGCCCCCGCCUGCCCAUGCCCCUGUCUUUGGCUUCUCCCCUCCCUGCCCCACGUUUCUUCCCUCCCUGCCCCCCGUCUGCCCCUCCCUUGUUUUCCCCUCACCCAUUGCUUCUCUCCUCCCUGCCCUUGAUUUCCCACACCCCUGCCCUCGUUUCCUAUCAUCCAUGCCCCUCGUUUCCCCCCUUUCCCCUGCCCGUUGCUGCCCCUCCCCUUGCCCCCUCAACUCCCCUGCCCCCCGUACACCCCAAGUCCCAUCCAACCGCCCCCACCCUCCCCCGGCUGCCCGUUUCCGCUCUCCACCCCCGCGACCGUGUGCGGCUUCCAACCGCCCAACGGUGUCACACCCCCUGCCCCCUCAUGCCAUCCGCUCCCCCCGCCCCUACCCUCCGCGUGCCCGCUCCCUUGCCGCCUCUUUUGACCCUCCCUGCCCCCCCUCGCCGUUUCCCACCGCCCGCCAUUCGCUCCUCCCCGCCCGUGCGCUCCCCUCCUUUACCUUCUCCUCCCCCCUCCCCUCCUCUGCUGCACGCCUCUUCCUUCCCCUCGCCGACCCACUCCACUCCCUGCCCCUCCUCAAUCCGCACCCUGCCCCUCGUAUCUCGCCCCCCUAUGCUUGGUUUCUCCCCUCCCUGCCCCUCGCCGCCUUUCCCCGCUCCCCACCUCCCCCCUCUCCCUGCCCCCCCCACUCUCCCCCCCCCUUGUCCUUGGCUUCCUACCUCCCUGCCUCACCUUUCCCCCCUCCGUGUGCUCAGCUUCUCCCCUCCCUGCCCCUCCCUCCUCCCCGCCCUGCCCCUCAUUUUCCGCCCCCCCCCCCCCCACGCCCGGUUUCUCCCCUCCCCGCGCCUCCCUUUCUUUCUCCGUGCCUCUCCUUUGCUCCCUCCCUGCCCCCGCCUGCCCAUGCCCCUGUCUUUGGCUUCUCCCCUCCCUGCCCCACGUUUCUUCCCUCCCUGCCCCCCGUCUGCCCCUCCCUUGUUUUCCCCUCACCCAUUGCUUCUCUCCUCCCUGCCCUUGAUUUCCCACACCCCUGCCCUCGUUUCCUAUCAUCCAUGCCCCUCGUUUCCCCCCUUUCCCCUGCCCGUUGCUGCCCCUCCCCUUGCCCCCUCAACUCCCCUGCCCCCCGUACACCCCAAGUCCCAUCCAACCGCCCCCACCCUCCCCCGGCUGCCCGUUUCCGCUCUCCACCCCCGCGACCGUGUGCGGCUUCCAACCGCCCAACGGUGUCACACCCCCUGCCCCCUCAUGCCAUCCGCUCCCCCCGCCCCUACCCUCCGCGUGCCCGCUCCCUUGCCGCCUCUUUUGACCCUCCCUGCCCCCCCUCGCCGUUUCCCACCGCCCGCCAUUCGCUCCUCCCCGCCCGUGCGCUCCCCUCCUUUACCUUCUCCUCCCCCCUCCCCUCCUCUGCUGCACGCCUCUUCCUUCCCCUCGCCGACCCACUCCACUCCCUGCCCCUCCUCAAUCCGCACCCUGCCCCUCGUAUCUCGCCCCCCUAUGCUUGGUUUCUCCCCUCCCUGCCCCUCGCCGCCUUUCCCCGCUCCCCACCUCCCCCCUCUCCCUGCCCCCCCCACUCUCCCCCCCCCUUGUCCUUGGCUUCCUACCUCCCUGCCUCACCUUUCCCCCCUCCGUGUGCUCAGCUUCUCCCCUCCCUGCCCCUCCCUCCUCCCCGCCCUGCCCCUCAUUUUCCGCCCCCCCCCCCCCCACGCCCGGUUUCUCCCCUCCCCGCGCCUCCCUUUCUUUCUCCGUGCCUCUCCUUUGCUCCCUCCCUGCCCCCGCCUGCCCAUGCCCCUGUCUUUGGCUUCUCCCCUCCCUGCCCCACGUUUCUUCCCUCCCUGCCCCCCGUCUGCCCCUCCCUUGUUUUCCCCUCACCCAUUGCUUCUCUCCUCCCUGCCCUUGAUUUCCCACACCCCUGCCCUCGUUUCCUAUCAUCCAUGCCCCUCGUUUCCCCCCUUUCCCCUGCCCGUUGCUGCCCCUCCCCUUGCCCCCUCAACUCCCCUGCCCCCCGUACACCCCAAGUCCCAUCCAACCGCCCCCACCCUCCCCCGGCUGCCCGUUUCCGCUCUCCACCCCCGCGACCGUGUGCGGCUUCCAACCGCCCAACGGUGUCACACCCCCUGCCCCCUCAUGCCAUCCGCUCCCCCCGCCCCUACCCUCCGCGUGCCCGCUCCCUUGCCGCCUCUUUUGACCCUCCCUGCCCCCCCUCGCCGUUUCCCACCGCCCGCCAUUCGCUCCUCCCCGCCCGUGCGCUCCCCUCCUUUACCUUCUCCUCCCCCCUCCCCUCCUCUGCUGCACGCCUCUUCCUUCCCCUCGCCGACCCACUCCACUCCCUGCCCCUCCUCAAUCCGCACCCUGCCCCUCGUAUCUCGCCCCCCUAUGCUUGGUUUCUCCCCUCCCUGCCCCUCGCCGCCUUUCCCCGCUCCCCACCUCCCCCCUCUCCCUGCCCCCCCCACUCUCCCCCCCCCCUUGUCCUUGGCUUCCUACCUCCCUGCCUCACCUUUCCCCCCUCCGUGUGCUCAGCUUCUCCCCUCCCUGCCCCUCCCUCCUCCCCGCCCUGCCCCUCAUUUUCCGCCCCCCCCCCCCCCACGCCCGGUUUCUCCCCUCCCCGCGCCUCCCUUUCUUUCUCCGUGCCUCUCCUUUGCUCCCUCCCUGCCCCCGCCUGCCCAUGCCCCUGUCUUUGGCUUCUCCCCUCCCUGCCCCACGUUUCUUCCCUCCCUGCCCCCCGUCUGCCCCUCCCUUGUUUUCCCCUCACCCAUUGCUUCUCUCCUCCCUGCCCUUGAUUUCCCACACCCCUGCCCUCGUUUCCUAUCAUCCAUGCCCCUCCCCCUGCCCGUUGCUGCCCCUCCCCUUGCCCCCUCAACUCCCCUGCCCCCCGUACACCCCAAGUCCCAUCCAACCGCCCCCACCCUCCCCCGGCUGCCCGUUUCCGCUCUCCACCCCCGCGACCGUGUGCGGCUUCCAACCGCCCAACGGUGUCACACCCCCUGCCCCCUCAUGCCAUCCGCUCCCCCCGCCCCUACCCUCCGCGUGCCCGCUCCCUUGCCGCCUCUUUUGACCCUCCCUGCCCCCCCUCGCCGUUUCCCACCGCCCGCCAUUCGCUCCUCCCCGCCCGUGCGCUCCCCUCCUUUACCUUCUCCUCCCCCCUCCCCUCCUCUGCUGCACGCCUCUUCCUUCCCCUCGCCGACCCACUCCACUCCCUGCCCCUCCUCAAUCCGCACCCUGCCCCUCGUAUCUCGCCCCCCUAUGCUUGGUUUCUCCCCUCCCUGCCCCUCGCCGCCUUUCCCCGCUCCCCACCUCCCCCCUCUCCCUGCCCCCCCCACUCUCCCCCCCCCUUGUCCUUGGCUUCCUACCUCCCUGCCUCACCUUUCCCCCCUCCGUGUGCUCAGCUUCUCCCCUCCCUGCCCCUCCCUCCUCCCCGCCCUGCCCCUCAUUUUCCGCCCCCCCCCCCCCCACGCCCGGUUUCUCCCCUCCCCGCGCCUCCCUUUCUUUCUCCGUGCCUCUCCUUUGCUCCCUCCCUGCCCCCGCCUGCCCAUGCCCCUGUCUUUGGCUUCUCCCCUCCCUGCCCCACGUUUCUUCCCUCCCUGCCCCCCGUCUGCCCCUCCCUUGUUUUCCCCUCACCCAUUGCUUCUCUCCUCCCUGCCCUUGAUUUCCCACACCCCUGCCCUCGUUUCCUAUCAUCCAUGCCCCUCGUUUCCCCCCUUUCCCCUGCCCGUUGCUGCCCCUCCCCUUGCCCCCUCAACUCCCCUGCCCCCCGUACACCCCAAGUCCCAUCCAACCGCCCCCACCCUCCCCCGGCUGCCCGUUUCCGCUCUCCACCCCCGCGACCGUGUGCGGCUUCCAACCGCCCAACGGUGUCACACCCCCUGCCCCCUCAUGCCAUCCGCUCCCCCCGCCCCUACCCUCCGCGUGCCCGCUCCCUUGCCGCCUCUUUUGACCCUCCCUGCCCCCCCUCGCCGUUUCCCACCGCCCGCCAUUCGCUCCUCCCCGCCCGUGCGCUCCCCUCCUUUACCUUCUCCUCCCCCCUCCCCUCCUCUGCUGCACGCCUCUUCCUUCCCCUCGCCGACCCACUCCACUCCCUGCCCCUCCUCAAUCCGCACCCUGCCCCUCGUAUCUCGCCCCCCUAUGCUUGGUUUCUCCCCUCCCUGCCCCUCGCCGCCUUUCCCCGCUCCCCACCUCCCCCCUCUCCCUGCCCCCCCCCCACUCUCCCCCCCCCCUUGUCCUUGGCUUCCUACCUCCCUGCCUCACCUUUCCCCCCUCCGUGUGCUCAGCUUCUCCCCUCCCUGCCCCUCCCUCCUCCCCGCCCUGCCCCUCAUUUUCCGCCCCCCCCCCCCCCACGCCCGGUUUCUCCCCUCCCCGCGCCUCCCUUUCUUUCUCCGUGCCUCUCCUUUGCUCCCUCCCUGCCCCCGCCUGCCCAUGCCCCUGUCUUUGGCUUCUCCCCUCCCUGCCCCACGUUUCUUCCCUCCCUGCCCCCCGUCUGCCCCUCCCUUGUUUUCCCCUCACCCAUUGCUUCUCUCCUCCCUGCCCUUGAUUUCCCACACCCCUGCCCUCGUUUCCUAUCAUCCAUGCCCCUCGUUUCCCCCCUUUCCCCUGCCCGUUGCUGCCCCUCCCCUUGCCCCCUCAACUCCCCUGCCCCCCGUACACCCCAAGUCCCAUCCAACCGCCCCCACCCUCCCCCGGCUGCCCGUUUCCGCUCUCCACCCCCGCGACCGUGUGCGGCUUCCAACCGCCCAACGGUGUCACACCCCCUGCCCCCUCAUGCCAUCCGCUCCCCCCGCCCCUACCCUCCGCGUGCCCGCUCCCUUGCCGCCUCUUUUGACCCUCCCUGCCCCCCCUCGCCGUUUCCCACCGCCCGCCAUUCGCUCCUCCCCGCCCGUGCGCUCCCCUCCUUUACCUUCUCCUCCCCCCUCCCCUCCUCUGCUGCACGCCUCUUCCUUCCCCUCGCCGACCCACUCCACUCCCUGCCCCUCCUCAAUCCGCACCCUGCCCCUCGUAUCUCGCCCCCCUAUGCUUGGUUUCUCCCCUCCCUGCCCCUCGCCGCCUUUCCCCGCUCCCCACCUCCCCCCUCUCCCUGCCCCCCCCACUCUCCCCCCCCCCUUGUCCUUGGCUUCCUACCUCCCUGCCUCACCUUUCCCCCCUCCGUGUGCUCAGCUUCUCCCCUCCCUGCCCCUCCCUCCUCCCCGCCCUGCCCCUCAUUUUCCGCCCCCCCCCCCCCCACGCCCGGUUUCUCCCCUCCCCGCGCCUCCCUUUCUUUCUCCGUGCCUCUCCUUUGCUCCCUCCCUGCCCCCGCCUGCCCAUGCCCCUGUCUUUGGCUUCUCCCCUCCCUGCCCCACGUUUCUUCCCUCCCUGCCCCCCGUCUGCCCCUCCCUUGUUUUCCCCUCACCCAUUGCUUCUCUCCUCCCUGCCCUUGAUUUCCCACACCCCUGCCCUCGUUUCCUAUCAUCCAUGCCCCUCGUUUCCCCCCUUUGUACGUUCAGCCUCUUCCCUCCCUGCCCCUCCCUUCCUCCCCCCCUGCCCUUUGCUCUCCCCUCGUUACGCUCCCUUCUCCCCAUCCCUGCUGCCCUCUUACCACCAUCAGCCCAUCCCCACGACCAGCCCCCCUCCCACCCUUCAAUCCCCCCCUCCCUCUCUCUCUCUCUCUCUCUCUCUCUCUCUCUCUCUUUCUCACACACACACACACACGCACACUCCCCUCCCCCACCCCCCCACCUACAUCCUCCCAUUCUGCCCCUCCCUGCCCCUUUCCCACCCCCUCGCACGCCCCUCACCUCCCACCUCCGUGCAACUGGUUUCCCCCCUAUGCCCCUGCCCGUUGCUGCCCCUCCCCUUGCCCCCUCAACUCCCCUGCCCCCCGUACACCCCAAGUCCCAUCCAACCGCCCCCACCCUCCCCCGGCUGCCCGUUUCCGCUCUCCACCCCCGCGACCGUGUGCGGCUUCCAACCGCCCAACGGUGUCACACCCCCUGCCCCCUCAUGCCAUCCGCUCCCCCCGCCCCUACCCUCCGCGUGCCCGCUCCCUUGCCGCCUCUUUUGACCCUCCCUGCCCCCCCUCGCCGUUUCCCACCGCCCGCCAUUCGCUCCUCCCCGCCCGUGCGCUCCCCUCCUUUACCUUCUCCUCCCCCCUCCCCUCCUCUGCUGCACGCCUCUUCCUUCCCCUCGCCGACCCACUCCACUCCCUGCCCCUCCUCAAUCCGCACCCUGCCCCUCGUAUCUCGCCCCCCUAUGCUUGGUUUCUCCCCUCCCUGCCCCUCGCCGCCUUUCCCCGCUCCCCACCUCCCCCCUCUCCCUGCCCCCCCCACUCUCCCCCCCCCCUUGUCCUUGGCUUCCUACCUCCCUGCCUCACCUUUCCCCCCUCCGUGUGCUCAGCUUCUCCCCUCCCUGCCCCUCCCUCCUCCCCGCCCUGCCCCUCAUUUUCCGCCCCCCCCCCCCCCACGCCCGGUUUCUCCCCUCCCCGCGCCUCCCUUUCUUUCUCCGUGCCUCUCCUUUGCUCCCUCCCUGCCCCCGCCUGCCCAUGCCCCUGUCUUUGGCUUCUCCCCUCCCUGCCCCACGUUUCUUCCCUCCCUGCCCCCCGUCUGCCCCUCCCUUGUUUUCCCCUCACCCAUUGCUUCUCUCCUCCCUGCCCUUGAUUUCCCACACCCCUGCCCUCGUUUCCUAUCAUCCAUGCCCCUCCCCCUGCCCGUUGCUGCCCCUCCCCUUGCCCCCUCAACUCCCCUGCCCCCCGUACACCCCAAGUCCCAUCCAACCGCCCCCACCCUCCCCCGGCUGCCCGUUUCCGCUCUCCACCCCCGCGACCGUGUGCGGCUUCCAACCGCCCAACGGUGGUGCGCACGGGGCUCACACCCCCUGCCCCCUCAUGCCAUCCGCUCCCCCCGCCCCUACCCUCCGCGUGCCCGCUCCCUUGCCGCCUCUUUUGACCCUCCCUGCCCCCCCUCGCCGUUUCCCACCGCCCGCCAUUCGCUCCUCCCCGCCCGUGCGCUCCCCUCCUUUACCUUCUCCUCCCCCCUCCCCUCCUCUGCUGCACGCCUCUUCCUUCCCCUCGCCGACCCACUCCACUCCCUGCCCCUCCUCAAUCCGCACCCUGCCCCUCGUAUCUCGCCCCCCUAUGCUUGGUUUCUCCCCUCCCUGCCCCUCGCCGCCUUUCCCCGCUCCCCACCUCCCCCCUCUCCCUGCCCCCCCCACUCUCCCCCCCCCCUUGUCCUUGGCUUCCUACCUCCCUGCCUCACCUUUCCCCCCUCCGUGUGCUCAGCUUCUCCCCUCCCUGCCCCUCCCUCCUCCCCGCCCUGCCCCUCAUUUUCCGCCCCCCCCCCCCCACGCCCGGUUUCUCCCCUCCCCGCGCCUCCCUUUCUUUCUCCGUGCCUCUCCUUUGCUCCCUCCCUGCCCCCGCCUGCCCAUGCCCCUGUCUUUGGCUUCUCCCCUCCCUGCCCCACGUUUCUUCCCUCCCUGCCCCCCGUCUGCCCCUCCCUUGUUUUCCCCUCACCCAUUGCUUCUCUCCUCCCUGCCCUUGAUUUCCCACACCCCUGCCCUCGUUUCCUAUCAUCCAUGCCCCUCCCCCUGCCCGUUGCUGCCCCUCCCCUUGCCCCCUCAACUCCCCUGCCCCCCGUACACCCCAAGUCCCAUCCAACCGCCCCCACCCUCCCCCGGCUGCCCGUUUCCGCUCUCCACCCCCGCGACCGUGUGCGGCUUCCAACCGCCCAACGGUGUCACACCCCCUGCCCCCUCAUGCCAUCCGCUCCCCCCGCCCCUACCCUCCGCGUGCCCGCUCCCUUGCCGCCUCUUUUGACCCUCCCUGCCCCCCCUCGCCGUUUCCCACCGCCCGCCAUUCGCUCCUCCCCGCCCGUGCGCUCCCCUCCUUUACCUUCUCCUCCCCCCUCCCCUCCUCUGCUGCACGCCUCUUCCUUCCCCUCGCCGACCCACUCCACUCCCUGCCCCUCCUCAAUCCGCACCCUGCCCCUCGUAUCUCGCCCCCCUAUGCUUGGUUUCUCCCCUCCCUGCCCCUCGCCGCCUUUCCCCGCUCCCCACCUCCCCCCUCUCCCUGCCCCCCCCACUCUCCCCCCCCCUUGUCCUUGGCUUCCUACCUCCCUGCCUCACCUUUCCCCCCUCCGUGUGCUCAGCUUCUCCCCUCCCUGCCCCUCCCUCCUCCCCGCCCUGCCCCUCAUUUUCCGCCCCCCCCCCCCCCACGCCCGGUUUCUCCCCUCCCCGCGCCUCCCUUUCUUUCUCCGUGCCUCUCCUUUGCUCCCUCCCUGCCCCCGCCUGCCCAUGCCCCUGUCUUUGGCUUCUCCCCUCCCUGCCCCACGUUUCUUCCCUCCCUGCCCCCCGUCUGCCCCUCCCUUGUUUUCCCCUCACCCAUUGCUUCUCUCCUCCCUGCCCUUGAUUUCCCACACCCCUGCCCUCGUUUCCUAUCAUCCAUGCCCCUCGUUUCCCCCCUUUCCCCUGCCCGUUGCUGCCCCUCCCCUUGCCCCCUCAACUCCCCUGCCCCCCGUACACCCCAAGUCCCAUCCAACCGCCCCCACCCUCCCCCGGCUGCCCGUUUCCGCUCUCCACCCCCGCGACCGUGUGCGGCUUCCAACCGCCCAACGGUGGUGCGCACGGGGCUCACACCCCCUGCCCCCUCAUGCCAUCCGCUCCCCCCGCCCCUACCCUCCGCGUGCCCGCUCCCUUGCCGCCUCUUUUGACCCUCCCUGCCCCCCCUCGCCGUUUCCCACCGCCCGCCAUUCGCUCCUCCCCGCCCGUGCGCUCCCCUCCUUUACCUUCUCCUCCCCCCUCCCCUCCUCUGCUGCACGCCUCUUCCUUCCCCUCGCCGACCCACUCCACUCCCUGCCCCUCCUCAAUCCGCACCCUGCCCCUCGUAUCUCGCCCCCCUAUGCUUGGUUUCUCCCCUCCCUGCCCCUCGCCGCCUUUCCCCGCUCCCCACCUCCCCCCUCUCCCUGCCCCCCCCACUCUCCCCCCCCCCUUGUCCUUGGCUUCCUACCUCCCUGCCUCACCUUUCCCCCCUCCGUGUGCUCAGCUUCUCCCCUCCCUGCCCCUCCCUCCUCCCCGCCCUGCCCCUCAUUUUCCGCCCCCCCCCCCCCACGCCCGGUUUCUCCCCUCCCCGCGCCUCCCUUUCUUUCUCCGUGCCUCUCCUUUGCUCCCUCCCUGCCCCCGCCUGCCCAUGCCCCUGUCUUUGGCUUCUCCCCUCCCUGCCCCACGUUUCUUCCCUCCCUGCCCCCCGUCUGCCCCUCCCUUGUUUUCCCCUCACCCAUUGCUUCUCUCCUCCCUGCCCUUGAUUUCCCACACCCCUGCCCUCGUUUCCUAUCAUCCAUGCCCCUCCCCCUGCCCGUUGCUGCCCCUCCCCUUGCCCCCUCAACUCCCCUGCCCCCCGUACACCCCAAGUCCCAUCCAACCGCCCCCACCCUCCCCCGGCUGCCCGUUUCCGCUCUCCACCCCCGCGACCGUGUGCGGCUUCCAACCGCCCAACGGUGUCACACCCCCUGCCCCCUCAUGCCAUCCGCUCCCCCCGCCCCUACCCUCCGCGUGCCCGCUCCCUUGCCGCCUCUUUUGACCCUCCCUGCCCCCCCUCGCCGUUUCCCACCGCCCGCCAUUCGCUCCUCCCCGCCCGUGCGCUCCCCUCCUUUACCUUCUCCUCCCCCCUCCCCUCCUCUGCUGCACGCCUCUUCCUUCCCCUCGCCGACCCACUCCACUCCCUGCCCCUCCUCAAUCCGCACCCUGCCCCUCGUAUCUCGCCCCCCUAUGCUUGGUUUCUCCCCUCCCUGCCCCUCGCCGCCUUUCCCCGCUCCCCACCUCCCCCCUCUCCCUGCCCCCCCCACUCUCCCCCCCCCCUUGUCCUUGGCUUCCUACCUCCCUGCCUCACCUUUCCCCCCUCCGUGUGCUCAGCUUCUCCCCUCCCUGCCCCUCCCUCCUCCCCGCCCUGCCCCUCAUUUUCCGCCCCCCCCCCCCCCACGCCCGGUUUCUCCCCUCCCCGCGCCUCCCUUUCUUUCUCCGUGCCUCUCCUUUGCUCCCUCCCUGCCCCCGCCUGCCCAUGCCCCUGUCUUUGGCUUCUCCCCUCCCUGCCCCACGUUUCUUCCCUCCCUGCCCCCCGUCUGCCCCUCCCUUGUUUUCCCCUCACCCAUUGCUUCUCUCCUCCCUGCCCUUGAUUUCCCACACCCCUGCCCUCGUUUCCUAUCAUCCAUGCCCCUCGUUUCCCCCCUUUGUACGUUCAGCCUCUUCCCUCCCUGCCCCUCCCUUCCUCCCCCCCUGCCCUUUGCUCUCCCCUCUUGGCCCAGCCCCUGCCCGUUGCUGCCCCUCCCCUUGCCCCCUCAACUCCCCUGCCCCCCGUACACCCCAAGUCCCAUCCAACCGCCCCCACCCUCCCCCGGCUGCCCGUUUCCGCUCUCCACCCCCGCGACCGUGUGCGGCUUCCAACCGCCCAACGGUGGUGCGCACGGGGCGUUUCUUCGCAUGGGCAAGCCUCCCCGGGGGCCCCCCACCCCGCUGGGGUCGUUUCACACCCCCUGCCCCCUCAUGCCAUCCGCUCCCCCCGCCCCUACCCUCCGCGUGCCCGCUCCCUUGCCGCCUCUUUUGACCCUCCCUGCCCCCCCUCGCCGUUUCCCACCGCCCGCCAUUCGCUCCUCCCCGCCCGUGCGCUCCCCUCCUUUACCUUCUCCUCCCCCCUCCCCUCCUCUGCUGCACGCCUCUUCCUUCCCCUCGCCGACCCACUCCACUCCCUGCCCCUCCUCAAUCCGCACCCUGCCCCUCGUAUCUCGCCCCCCUAUGCUUGGUUUCUCCCCUCCCUGCCCCUCGCCGCCUUUCCCCGCUCCCCACCUCCCCCCUCUCCCUGCCCCCCCCACUCUCCCCCCCCCCUUGUCCUUGGCUUCCUACCUCCCUGCCUCACCUUUCCCCCCUCCGUGUGCUCAGCUUCUCCCCUCCCUGCCCCUCCCUCCUCCCCGCCCUGCCCCUCAUUUUCCGCCCCCCCCCCCCCCACGCCCGGUUUCUCCCCUCCCCGCGCCUCCCUUUCUUUCUCCGUGCCUCUCCUUUGCUCCCUCCCUGCCCCCGCCUGCCCAUGCCCCUGUCUUUGGCUUCUCCCCUCCCUGCCCCACGUUUCUUCCCUCCCUGCCCCCCGUCUGCCCCUCCCUUGUUUUCCCCUCACCCAUUGCUUCUCUCCUCCCUGCCCUUGAUUUCCCACACCCCUGCCCUCGUUUCCUAUCAUCCAUGCCCCUCCCCCUGCCCGUUGCUGCCCCUCCCCUUGCCCCCUCAACUCCCCUGCCCCCCGUACACCCCAAGUCCCAUCCAACCGCCCCCACCCUCCCCCGGCUGCCCGUUUCCGCUCUCCACCCCCGCGACCGUGUGCGGCUUCCAACCGCCCAACGGUGUCACACCCCCUGCCCCCUCAUGCCAUCCGCUCCCCCCGCCCCUACCCUCCGCGUGCCCGCUCCCUUGCCGCCUCUUUUGACCCUCCCUGCCCCCCCUCGCCGUUUCCCACCGCCCGCCAUUCGCUCCUCCCCGCCCGUGCGCUCCCCUCCUUUACCUUCUCCUCCCCCCUCCCCUCCUCUGCUGCACGCCUCUUCCUUCCCCUCGCCGACCCACUCCACUCCCUGCCCCUCCUCAAUCCGCACCCUGCCCCUCGUAUCUCGCCCCCCUAUGCUUGGUUUCUCCCCUCCCUGCCCCUCGCCGCCUUUCCCCGCUCCCCACCUCCCCCCUCUCCCUGCCCCCCCCACUCUCCCCCCCCCUUGUCCUUGGCUUCCUACCUCCCUGCCUCACCUUUCCCCCCUCCGUGUGCUCAGCUUCUCCCCUCCCUGCCCCUCCCUCCUCCCCGCCCUGCCCCUCAUUUUCCGCCCCCCCCCCCCCCACGCCCGGUUUCUCCCCUCCCCGCGCCUCCCUUUCUUUCUCCGUGCCUCUCCUUUGCUCCCUCCCUGCCCCCGCCUGCCCAUGCCCCUGUCUUUGGCUUCUCCCCUCCCUGCCCCACGUUUCUUCCCUCCCUGCCCCCCGUCUGCCCCUCCCUUGUUUUCCCCUCACCCAUUGCUUCUCUCCUCCCUGCCCUUGAUUUCCCACACCCCUGCCCUCGUUUCCUAUCAUCCAUGCCCCUCGUUUCCCCCCUUUCCCCUGCCCGUUGCUGCCCCUCCCCUUGCCCCCUCAACUCCCCUGCCCCCCGUACACCCCAAGUCCCAUCCAACCGCCCCCACCCUCCCCCGGCUGCCCGUUUCCGCUCUCCACCCCCGCGACCGUGUGCGGCUUCCAACCGCCCAACGGUGUCACACCCCCUGCCCCCUCAUGCCAUCCGCUCCCCCCGCCCCUACCCUCCGCGUGCCCGCUCCCUUGCCGCCUCUUUUGACCCUCCCUGCCCCCCCUCGCCGUUUCCCACCGCCCGCCAUUCGCUCCUCCCCGCCCGUGCGCUCCCCUCCUUUACCUUCUCCUCCCCCCUCCCCUCCUCUGCUGCACGCCUCUUCCUUCCCCUCGCCGACCCACUCCACUCCCUGCCCCUCCUCAAUCCGCACCCUGCCCCUCGUAUCUCGCCCCCCUAUGCUUGCUUCUCCCCUCCCUGCCCCUCCCUCCUCCCCGCCCUGCCCCUCAUUUUCCGCCCCCCCCCCCCCACGCCCGGUUUCUCCCCUCCCCGCGCCUCCCUUUCUUUCUCCGUGCCUCUCCUUUGCUCCCUCCCUGCCCCCGCCUGCCCAUGCCCCUGUCUUUGGCUUCUCCCCUCCCUGCCCCACGUUUCUUCCCUCCCUGCCCCCCGUCUGCCCCUCCCUUGUUUUCCCCUCACCCAUUGCUUCUCUCCUCCCUGCCCUUGAUUUCCCACACCCCUGCCCUCGUUUCCUAUCAUCCAUGCCCCUCCCCCUGCCCGUUGCUGCCCCUCCCCUUGCCCCCUCAACUCCCCUGCCCCCCGUACACCCCAAGUCCCAUCCAACCGCCCCCACCCUCCCCCGGCUGCCCGUUUCCGCUCUCCACCCCCGCGACCGUGUGCGGCUUCCAACCGCCCAACGGUGUCACACCCCCUGCCCCCUCAUGCCAUCCGCUCCCCCCGCCCCUACCCUCCGCGUGCCCGCUCCCUUGCCGCCUCUUUUGACCCUCCCUGCCCCCCCUCGCCGUUUCCCACCGCCCGCCAUUCGCUCCUCCCCGCCCGUGCGCUCCCCUCCUUUACCUUCUCCUCCCCCCUCCCCUCCUCUGCUGCACGCCUCUUCCUUCCCCUCGCCGACCCACUCCACUCCCUGCCCCUCCUCAAUCCGCACCCUGCCCCUCGUAUCUCGCCCCCCUAUGCUUGCUUCUCCCCUCCCUGCCCCUCCCUCCUCCCCGCCCUGCCCCUCAUUUUCCGCCCCCCCCCCCCCACGCCCGGUUUCUCCCCUCCCCGCGCCUCCCUUUCUUUCUCCGUGCCUCUCCUUUGCUCCCUCCCUGCCCCCGCCUGCCCAUGCCCCUGUCUUUGGCUUCUCCCCUCCCUGCCCCACGUUUCUUCCCUCCCUGCCCCCCGUCUGCCCCUCCCUUGUUUUCCCCUCACCCAUUGCUUCUCUCCUCCCUGCCCUUGAUUUCCCACACCCCUGCCCUCGUUUCCUAUCAUCCAUGCCCCUCCCCCUGCCCGUUGCUGCCCCUCCCCUUGCCCCCUCAACUCCCCUGCCCCCCGUACACCCCAAGUCCCAUCCAACCGCCCCCACCCUCCCCCGGCUGCCCGUUUCCGCUCUCCACCCCCGCGACCGUGUGCGGCUUCCAACCGCCCAACGGUGUCACACCCCCUGCCCCCUCAUGCCAUCCGCUCCCCCCGCCCCUACCCUCCGCGUGCCCGCUCCCUUGCCGCCUCUUUUGACCCUCCCUGCCCCCCCUCGCCGUUUCCCACCGCCCGCCAUUCGCUCCUCCCCGCCCGUGCGCUCCCCUCCUUUACCUUCUCCUCCCCCCUCCCCUCCUCUGCUGCACGCCUCUUCCUUCCCCUCGCCGACCCACUCCACUCCCUGCCCCUCCUCAAUCCGCACCCUGCCCCUCGUAUCUCGCCCCCCUAUGCUUGGUUUCUCCCCUCCCUGCCCCUCGCCGCCUUUCCCCGCUCCCCACCUCCCCCCUCUCCCUGCCCCCCCCACUCUCCCCCCCCCUUGUCCUUGGCUUCCUACCUCCCUGCCUCACCUUUCCCCCCUCCGUGUGCUCAGCUUCUCCCCUCCCUGCCCCUCCCUCCUCCCCGCCCUGCCCCUCAUUUUCCGCCCCCCCCCCCCCCACGCCCGGUUUCUCCCCUCCCCGCGCCUCCCUUUCUUUCUCCGUGCCUCUCCUUUGCUCCCUCCCUGCCCCCGCCUGCCCAUGCCCCUGUCUUUGGCUUCUCCCCUCCCUGCCCCACGUUUCUUCCCUCCCUGCCCCCCGUCUGCCCCUCCCUUGUUUUCCCCUCACCCAUUGCUUCUCUCCUCCCUGCCCUUGAUUUCCCACACCCCUGCCCUCGUUUCCUAUCAUCCAUGCCCCUCGUUUCCCCCCUUUCCCCUGCCCGUUGCUGCCCCUCCCCUUGCCCCCUCAACUCCCCUGCCCCCCGUACACCCCAAGUCCCAUCCAACCGCCCCCACCCUCCCCCGGCUGCCCGUUUCCGCUCUCCACCCCCGCGACCGUGUGCGGCUUCCAACCGCCCAACGGUGGUGCGCACGGGGCCAUUACCGCCCCUCUCCCCUUAUCCCCCACCACGCCCCCAAGCAGGCCUUUCUCCCCCCAGCCUCCCGUCUCCCUGCCCUUAGUACCGCCGCGCUCUGCCCGUGCGUCACCCUUGCCCACUUCAUACCACCUCCCCCUUCUCCCCCCCCCCCGGCUUCUCCCUAUCAUCACCCGCAUGUUCCCCCACUCCCCUGUCCACAACGUCCCUCCACCCCCCUUCCUGCUUUCCCCACUCCCCUACUCUGCCCCCCACACCUCUACGAGCCGUACUUCCCCCUCCAGCCUCCCUUUCCCCCCCAGCUACUUCCGCAUCCAGCGUGGGCUGCACCUCUGCAUCCCGCCCUGCCAGGCCCUUCGGUGACCCAACUGCCGCCACCUGGCACCACGCCGCCUUUCCCACCCCCAUCCAAUCUCUACACCCCCUGCCCCUGCUCCCUGCGCAAUCCAGCCACCUACCCCAGCCUCCCUCUACCUCUCCCUAACUCCACACCGCCGUUCCUACCCCCAGCCAAGGUCUACACCCCUUGCUUUUGCUCCCUGGGCUGUGCCGUCCCCAACCUCCCUCCGCCUUUCCGCGGCACCAGACCGCCUCUCCCUCCCCCAGCCAACUUUUGCACCCCCUGUUCCUGCCCCUUGUGCCCUCCAACACCCUACCUCAACCCCCCCCAGUCUCCCCCUUCUCCAACACCCUCCAUAUUUCCUCCCCCCUGGGGCUCGCCCAUCCGCAGCUAUCACCCUUCAUCGAUUCCCCAAUUCCCUCUGUCCCCUGUUUCCCGGCCCCGCAUCCUAUCCUGCAUUUACCACAGCACCUCCUUUCGGUGCCCUCUCUGCCCUCCCACGUUCUCACCCCCCGCCUCCCAACCUUCUCAUUACCCGCUACCAGGCUCACGCCAACUCGACUACCCACUACCCUUUGCCCCUUCCUCUCUGUUCCCCACCCUUCCUUUCCCACCUGGCUCCACCUGCCCACCCCCACCUCCCGUGGAAUUCUGCCCUGCCCUCCCCACCUCUGGCCCACCACCUGUCCCCACACCCUGCUCACCCACCGCUACACCACCCCCGCCCCCCCACCUCCACUACAGCCCGCCAACACUUCCCCUCUCAAUCGGCCCCCAGCCCGCCCCCCCCUUGGGCCCCAAUCCCCUCCAACUGUCAGGCCCCCUCUACCCUCUCUUCCACCCACUGCGCACCGCUUUCCCCACCCUUUUCCCCUUUCCCCAAGCUAACCCCCCGCACCCCGGCCUCUGCCAGGGAGUUCCUUCCCCCUUUGACGCCCUCUUGAGCCAACCCCAGCAACUCACACCGCCACCGCCAGGCAUGCUGCCUCUAGCCAGGGGGGAACUUGCAGCUGACACUGCACGGGAAGGGGUAAGUGAGUUUGUGUGUGAAGGAGCAGCAGAGGCUACAGAGGAUGGGGCAGCAAAGGCUGCACGGGAAGGGGCAAUGGGGGUUGUGGGGGAAGGGGCAGCAGAGGCUGCAGAGGAAAGGGCAGCAGAGGCUGCAAGGGAAGGGGCAGCAGCGGCUGCACGGGAAAGGGCGGCAGGGGCUGCACGGGAAGGGGCGGCAGGGACCACUGCAGCAGUCGAGGCUGCAAGGACUGCAGCAGGAGCGACAGAGGCCACAGCGGGGGCUGGUAUAGGGGGAGGUGCUACGGGUGCAGCGGGGAAGGGGGUAACGGGGACUGGUGCGAGGGAGAGUGCCGCCCCGGCUGUAGCAAGAGAGGGUACGGCAGGGGCCUCAAAGGCAGAAGGUGAGGCUGCAGCUGAAGCAGCAGGGAGGGCCAUAGCACGGCCAGUAGGGGCGGCAGGGGCCGCAGCAAACUCGGGGAAACACACAGCAGGGCCGGCAGGGCCGGCAGAGACUGCAAAAGGGGCUAGCAGUAAAGCGGCAGCAGGCGGGGUGGGCUUGGGGGACAUAGGGGCAACAGGGGAAGGAGAGGGGAGGGUGGUCCCGACCGGGGUGGGCACUGAAGAGGGGGAUGUGAUAGCGAUAGAGGAGGAUGAGGGAGAGGAUGUGAUGCACAUUGACGGGCCACUGGCCCAAUACCUCACGCUUGACGGUGAGGCCGACCCGGCCCCCCUGCAGCCUCACGUCGAGGUUCCCCCUCUACCCCCCAUGCCCGUCCCCAUGCUAGCAGAAGGACCGAUGGAGGGGCUGGGGGAGACCUUGAGGACAGAGCCGCGCGAGGGAGCCCCCAUCCUCACCUCCCGUCCUCCAGCCCACCAGCCCCCAGGAGCACCACUUCCCCACCCCCACCCUCAGGUCCCGGUAGUGUCCAGGGGGGCAGCCAAGGCCCUGGCCUUCUUGGCGGAGCCGUGCUCCCCGACCCCCACGCUGCUCCAUGGCCAGCCCCCCUCUCCGUCCCCAACGCCUGACCCCACGGUUGCAGGCGGUCCACCGGGAGAGCACGCGGCACACCUCUGCCCCCACCCUCAGGGGCUCCUUAGAGCACCACGUGGAGCAGCCAGGGCUCUGGUCUUCCUAGAGGAGCCAUGCUCCCCGACUCCUACCAACACCCAGCCACCCCUUACCGGCCCACUACCCCCUCCUCCACCAGGCCCCCCCCCACCCGGUAGUACACACAUCUCGGAGGUUGAAGCAUCUCUGCGGCCAAAUCCCUCUCCCACACGCUACAGGCACCCAAACCACCCGAGUCGCCGCACAGCCCCAACACGCCCACCCAACAGGCUGCCCUCCCCACACCACCCCCCCCAGGCAGCCGAGACCCACCCGCAAGGGCUUGCGCCCCAGGCUCAUGGGAGCGGCGGCACCCGGGUAGAGGGGCCCACAGGAGAGGCCACCACAGAGCCCACACAAAUCUCUCUCCCCCCACCGUUUGUACCUCGCUCUAACCUCCACACUGGCCCAGCCCCUCGACCCCCACCUCCAACCCCCUCUCCCGGCCGGGUUCCCCACGAGUGGCCCCGUUGGGCAGCCAUCACCCCCCACACACAGCUUGCCCGAUCUGUUCCCACGGAGGGGGAUGUUUCGAGGAGAGUGGGGAUGCACACAGAGCACCCCCUGCCUGGCGAACCACCCAUCCUCCCUCCACCCACCCCUUUGGCCCCACAGCCCCCCCUUCCUUCACAAACAGGCGCGGACAACCAGGUGGCGGCGGCCGCGAUCGCUACUGGGAGGGGGGCCGUCGGGUUGAGGGAUGCGCCCAUGGCAGACGCCACCGACUCCCCCUCCCAUCCCUCCCACCCCUUCCAUGUCGACGACCCCCUACCGCAACCCAUGGUGAUUGGGGAGGGCCAAGGGGGCCUUCUAGGGCAGGGUCCACACCCGAGCUCCGCUCAGCCAGCACGCCCCACUCCACCCUCUACCCUGCCAGCCCUCCUACUCUCACCUACAGGCAGGCAGGUCUUCGAGACCCCAGAGGAGGUGAGGGCUGGCAUUUCAGAUUUGCUGGCGAUACACCGCCUGAGCAGCUCUCCGGCUGCCCCCACCCUUCCAGUCCCACAGGACCGGACCCGGACGUAUGCGGAGGUCACCCGGUCUGUCCCUUCUUUUAUCCCCCCCGCCACUCAGCCAGGCGCGUCACUCCCGACCCCAAUGGAGACGGACCGGGGUCUGAGGCCGUGUCACUCGCACCUAGACGGGGUGGCGCCUCCCCCCGUUCAGCCCGUGGCGCAGGAGGUCACCAGCAGUAGGGAUGAGGCAUCCGCCCCUACCGAGACCCCUCCGCCUGGGGUAGCAGAGCCGUCACUUGAACCGCACCCCGCCGAGGGGCAGGAGCACACCACGGCACACACUUCAGGCUCACCUCCACGUCCCCCCUCCCCAGCUUCAACACCGGUGCCGGCACGAGGCCCGGCCCUAUCCUGUGCGACACCACCUCUAUCUUCGCUGACACCCCCCCCGCGCGGGGCUGGUGAGUCGUCUCCUCCCCUCAUCCCAGGCGAUCCUGUCGGAGCUCAGGCCGCCCACGGGGUCCCCUCUACAGCCAGUUCCGACGCCACGGCCCCGAUUGACCCCGCCGACACGGCGACAUCACCCGACCAGGUCGUGAGUUGCCCCACCUGCAGGAGCUCUCUCGCGAACCGACGCGCGCUCCAGCACCACAUUCCCUUCUGCCAUCCUGCGGACGCGGCUCGCAGGGCGCAGGCUGCCCAUGAUACCGCCUCGAUCAUCCCUUCCCUCUCACAGCCCCGUGCGACCGGGAUGCAGUUCACCGACGCACAGUGGCAGACGCUCGACUCGGUGGACUGGACAGAGUACUUCUCGCCCGAGCGUAUCCAUACACGCCCUCUCCGACGUGUCCCGGAGAGGGUCCGCGGAGGAUAUCUUGACGUCCUCAGUGCGAUCCUAGUCCGCAUUGCCCAGGACCCGGAGGCUGCUGGCCCUACCUUCCUCCUCGCUGCAGCGCCGACUCUUUUCCUUGUUCCAGCGACGCCACCCGACCGCUCGCACACGGCUGCCAUUGCAACGCGCAUCUCUCGCUUUGGUCGAGGUGAGUGGGCUGAGCUAGUCUCAGAUGCACUAGGCCGUCGCACACCCCUUCCUCGCCGCACAGGUCACCGGUCACGCACCGCCACCGAUCCCUCUGCAGCAGAUGAGCGCCGCAUUGCACGUUGCCUUCGUCUGGCAGCGUGCAAUGAGACCUCACGGGCGUGCGCGGCUCUCGAGUCCGCGGAGGCAGCCCCAGAUACACAGGGGACGAUACAGCGCCUGCAGUCGAAGCACCCCAACGCGGAGAGGCCGACCCCAGCUUGGCUGUCUGGCUUCCAGGGGUCCCCUCUCGUGCUCUCGGUGGAUCACUUACGCCGCGCGAUUUUCACAGCUCCGCGGGGCUCUUCGGGAGGACCGUCCGGUUGGGUCGCUGAGCACCUGCGAGACACUUUCCUAGCUUUCCCUCAGAGUCUCCAUUUCCUCCUGGCCGUGUACCAGCAGUGGCUCCGAGGCCGUUGCGCUCCAGCUGCGCGCUCCUUGCUAGCGUCCUCCACCCUCGUGGCUCUGGCGAAGUCGAACAUGGAUGUUCGGCCGAUUGCCAUCGGCGAGGUUUUGGUCCGCAUUCUUUCUCGGGCAGUUUGUCUCCAGCUACGUGACCAGAUGGCGAGGGUCUUCUUGGCAUCACAGCAGUUUGGGGUGGGGGUUACGUGCGGGACAGAGGUCGUAGUUAGAGGCGUCCGCCGCGCUCUGGCUGACCACCCAGACUGGGUGGUCCUGCAGCUAGACGUGGCGAAUGCCUUUAACUCUUUCCACCGAGACAGGAUGUUUCAGGCGCUGCAGGCCAGUCCGGAGUUUCAGUGUCUGAUCCCCUUCAUCGGCCUCUUCUACGGGACGCCCUCGGAUCUCCACUACAGGUCAGGCACGGGAGUGGUCACGAUGCACUCGGAGCGGGGCACUCGCCAGGGAGACCCUCUCAGCCCCUUCUUGUACGCUCUGACACAGCGUCUUGCUUUGGAGCCGGUUCUGGCGGAGGGGGAUGUCCAGCUCUGGUCGUACGCCGAUGACACGUACGUGCUAGGUCCCCCAGACAGGGUGCUGCACCAUUUUGCCGAGAUCGUGAGGCGCUUGGGCGAGAUGGGCCUUGCAGCCCAGCCGCACAAGUGCCUCGUCUACCAGACAGAGUCCUUUCUGUCCAGGGAUCUGGAGGCUUUCACGGGCCUAGGGAUCGAGGUCGCACGCCGAGGGCUCACCGUGACAGGCGUACCGGUAGGCACCGUUUCGUUCGUGGAGCAGAGUCUCCCGGAUCGUCUCGAGAGGAUGGGGCGGGUGCUACCUUGGCUUCCGAGGUUGCGCCAGCCCCAGACAGCUGCCCGCCUUCUUUCGGCGUGUGUCAGCACUCGUCCGCAGUACCUGUCGAGGACCGUCCCUCCUUCGCCCGCAGUGAUCUCCAGUUUUACACGGUGGGACGCACGCCUGGGAGAGACUUUUCAGCAGCUUUUAGCUUCAGGGACCUGGGCUUGUCGCGAGGACGUCCGAGAGGCCGCCCUAGACCAGAUCUUCCUCCCCAUCCGUCUCGGGGGUUUCGGCAUUCGUCGCAUGGCGCGCAUGGCCCCGGUGAGUUUCGUGUGCUCCUGGGUGCAGUGUGCACCCAUUCUCUGUUCUCUCCCUGCGUGUGGCGAGGUGUUUCGGCAGAGCUUCGCUUCAGGUGAGCCAGAGCAGAUCGACCGGGCUCUGCAGACGGCGCUAGAGGGUCUCCCUCCUGACGUUCUCUCUCUCCUUCCCCCCUGGCCCUCUUGCGCUUCUGCCUCCCCCGAUUCCCUUUUUGCAGGAGCGAGCCGUCUUCUGGAGGCGCAUGCCUUGGAGGCCGUGCGUGCCCGUCACACCUCUCCCUUGCACCUUGCCCGUUUGACUUCCCUUCAGGGCGGAGGUGCAGGAGCGUGGUUGACGUCGGUGCCGUACGCCGACCCACUGCGCAUCCCGGAGGCGCUGUGGCAGGCGGCUUCAUCUUCUCGUCUUGGUCUCCCUAUCCCCCAGUUAGCCCUUGCAGGUCAGUGCUCCUGCGGACAGGCGAUUGACGACAUGACGGUGCCUCAUCACGCGGUUCGGUGCCCGCGUUACGGGGUCGCCACUACCAUCCACGACACGGUGAAGUACAUGCUUCGAGACUUUGCGGUCGAGGCGGGCUUCGCGGUAAAGGUGGAGGACUCUACGCUGUUCACACAGUUGGAGGCGGCUCGAGCGAGACUACUGGGACAGCCAGUGGUGGGAGAGGGGACACGGGCUGAGGGACCGGGGGAGCGGAGAGGCGAGGCGGGACAGCCGGGUGGCGGGGGACAGUGGGGACGGCACCAGCUGCGGGGUCAGGUGGAGCGAGGGACAGGUGGGCAGAGGGGACGGCAGGGGGAGCAGACGGGCCAGGACGGGGAGGGGGGACGGCACAGGCAGCAGCAGGAGAGCCAGUGGAGGCCGCGGGCCCAGGGCGCCGCGCCUCCAGGUUCGGCCUCGGGGGCGGGGCAGGGGCGGGAGCAGCAGAGAGCGGACGGAGGUACAGGAGGGGCAGCGGGAUUGGGAGGGGAGGGCCAGGGAGUGAGAGAGGCAGCAGGGGAUGGAGCAGGGGGGUCGGGAGGUUUGGGGGAGGGUAGGGAGGGGGAGGGGAGAGGACAGGUGGAUGGAGGAGAGGAGAGGGGGAGAGAGACGAUCGGAGAGGGGGCACCAAGGGACCAGACAGGGCAGCAGCCAGCGCAACAGCAGGGACCAGUCGGACGCACAGGCCGUGUAGGCACCGCCUCCCGCAUUCCAGACCUCACCUGCCGCGACGUUGGCCAGGGUCUGAUGGUUCUUGUGGAUGUCUCCAUAGCGGAUCCACAGCGGGAGGGGAACGUGCAGCUGAGACGGGCGACCCCCACACAGAUUGGAGUGGCAGCAGCUAGGCGGGUGCAGGAGAAGCUGCGUCACUGGGGGCCGCACUUAGAGGGGCUGCAGCCGGCACCACACUUUUACGCGUGCGUGGCGGAGACCUUUGGCCUUCUGAGUGAGCCGCUGCGUCAGUUUCUGGGGCUCUGCGCAAAGAGGAUAGCACAGCGGAGGAGGGAUAGAGGUGGGGGGGAUGACGGAUCGGCACGGAUAUUUGAGGCAGGACUCACUACACGCCUCUCCGUUGCACUGCAGCGCGCGCAGGCUCAAUGCAUGAUCCAGCAUGCGGUGCGGCAGUUAGGGAGUCACACCCCCUGCCCCCUCAUGCCAUCCGCUCCCCCCGCCCCUACCCUCCGCGUGCCCGCUCCCUUGCCGCCUCUUUUGACCCUCCCUGCCCCCCCUCGCCGUUUCCCACCGCCCGCCAUUCGCUCCUCCCCGCCCGUGCGCUCCCCUCCUUUACCUUCUCCUCCCCCCUCCCCUCCUCUGCUGCACGCCUCUUCCUUCCCCUCGCCGACCCACUCCACUCCCUGCCCCUCCUCAAUCCGCACCCUGCCCCUCGUAUCUCGCCCCCCUAUGCUUGGUUUCUCCCCUCCCUGCCCCUCGCCGCCUUUCCCCGCUCCCCACCUCCCCCCUCUCCCUGCCCCCCCCACUCUCCCCCCCCCCUUGUCCUUGGCUUCCUACCUCCCUGCCUCACCUUUCCCCCCUCCGUGUGCUCAGCUUCUCCCCUCCCUGCCCCUCCCUCCUCCCCGCCCUGCCCCUCAUUUUCCGCCCCCCCCCCCCCCACGCCCGGUUUCUCCCCUCCCCGCGCCUCCCUUUCUUUCUCCGUGCCUCUCCUUUGCUCCCUCCCUGCCCCCGCCUGCCCAUGCCCCUGUCUUUGGCUUCUCCCCUCCCUGCCCCACGUUUCUUCCCUCCCUGCCCCCCGUCUGCCCCUCCCUUGUUUUCCCCUCACCCAUUGCUUCUCUCCUCCCUGCCCUUGAUUUCCCACACCCCUGCCCUCGUUUCCUAUCAUCCAUGCCCCUCCCCCUGCCCGUUGCUGCCCCUCCCCUUGCCCCCUCAACUCCCCUGCCCCCCGUACACCCCAAGUCCCAUCCAACCGCCCCCACCCUCCCCCGGCUGCCCGUUUCCGCUCUCCACCCCCGCGACCGUGUGCGGCUUCCAACCGCCCAACGGUGGUGCGCACGGGGCUCACACCCCCUGCCCCCUCAUGCCAUCCGCUCCCCCCGCCCCUACCCUCCGCGUGCCCGCUCCCUUGCCGCCUCUUUUGACCCUCCCUGCCCCCCCUCGCCGUUUCCCACCGCCCGCCAUUCGCUCCUCCCCGCCCGUGCGCUCCCCUCCUUUACCUUCUCCUCCCCCCUCCCCUCCUCUGCUGCACGCCUCUUCCUUCCCCUCGCCGACCCACUCCACUCCCUGCCCCUCCUCAAUCCGCACCCUGCCCCUCGUAUCUCGCCCCCCUAUGCUUGGUUUCUCCCCUCCCUGCCCCUCGCCGCCUUUCCCCGCUCCCCACCUCCCCCCUCUCCCUGCCCCCCCCACUCUCCCCCCCCCCCUUGUCCUUGGCUUCCUACCUCCCUGCCUCACCUUUCCCCCCUCCGUGUGCUCAGCUUCUCCCCUCCCUGCCCCUCCCUCCUCCCCGCCCUGCCCCUCAUUUUCCGCCCCCCCCCCCCCCACGCCCGGUUUCUCCCCUCCCCGCGCCUCCCUUUCUUUCUCCGUGCCUCUCCUUUGCUCCCUCCCUGCCCCCGCCUGCCCAUGCCCCUGUCUUUGGCUUCUCCCCUCCCUGCCCCACGUUUCUUCCCUCCCUGCCCCCCGUCUGCCCCUCCCUUGUUUUCCCCUCACCCAUUGCUUCUCUCCUCCCUGCCCUUGAUUUCCCACACCCCUGCCCUCGUUUCCUAUCAUCCAUGCCCCUCGUUUCCCCCCUUUCCCCUGCCCGUUGCUGCCCCUCCCCUUGCCCCCUCAACUCCCCUGCCCCCCGUACACCCCAAGUCCCAUCCAACCGCCCCCACCCUCCCCCGGCUGCCCGUUUCCGCUCUCCACCCCCGCGACCGUGUGCGGCUUCCAACCGCCCAACGGUGUCACACCCCCUGCCCCCUCAUGCCAUCCGCUCCCCCCGCCCCUACCCUCCGCGUGCCCGCUCCCUUGCCGCCUCUUUUGACCCUCCCUGCCCCCCCUCGCCGUUUCCCACCGCCCGCCAUUCGCUCCUCCCCGCCCGUGCGCUCCCCUCCUUUACCUUCUCCUCCCCCCUCCCCUCCUCUGCUGCACGCCUCUUCCUUCCCCUCGCCGACCCACUCCACUCCCUGCCCCUCCUCAAUCCGCACCCUGCCCCUCGUAUCUCGCCCCCCUAUGCUUGGUUUCUCCCCUCCCUGCCCCUCGCCGCCUUUCCCCGCUCCCCACCUCCCCCCUCUCCCUGCCCCCCCCACUCUCCCCCCCCCCUUGUCCUUGGCUUCCUACCUCCCUGCCUCACCUUUCCCCCCUCCGUGUGCUCAGCUUCUCCCCUCCCUGCCCCUCCCUCCUCCCCGCCCUGCCCCUCAUUUUCCGCCCCCCCCCCCCCCACGCCCGGUUUCUCCCCUCCCCGCGCCUCCCUUUCUUUCUCCGUGCCUCUCCUUUGCUCCCUCCCUGCCCCCGCCUGCCCAUGCCCCUGUCUUUGGCUUCUCCCCUCCCUGCCCCACGUUUCUUCCCUCCCUGCCCCCCGUCUGCCCCUCCCUUGUUUUCCCCUCACCCAUUGCUUCUCUCCUCCCUGCCCUUGAUUUCCCACACCCCUGCCCUCGUUUCCUAUCAUCCAUGCCCCUCCCCCUGCCCGUUGCUGCCCCUCCCCUUGCCCCCUCAACUCCCCUGCCCCCCGUACACCCCAAGUCCCAUCCAACCGCCCCCACCCUCCCCCGGCUGCCCGUUUCCGCUCUCCACCCCCGCGACCGUGUGCGGCUUCCAACCGCCCAACGGUGUCACACCCCCUGCCCCCUCAUGCCAUCCGCUCCCCCCGCCCCUACCCUCCGCGUGCCCGCUCCCUUGCCGCCUCUUUUGACCCUCCCUGCCCCCCCUCGCCGUUUCCCACCGCCCGCCAUUCGCUCCUCCCCGCCCGUGCGCUCCCCUCCUUUACCUUCUCCUCCCCCCCUCCCCUCCUCUGCUGCACGCCUCUUCCUUCCCCUCGCCGACCCACUCCACUCCCUGCCCCUCCUCAAUCCGCACCCUGCCCCUCGUAUCUCGCCCCCCUAUGCUUGGUUUCUCCCCUCCCUGCCCCUCGCCGCCUUUCCCCGCUCCCCACCUCCCCCCUCUCCCUGCCCCCCCCACUCUCCCCCCCCCCUUGUCCUUGGCUUCCUACCUCCCUGCCUCACCUUUCCCCCCUCCGUGUGCUCAGCUUCUCCCCUCCCUGCCCCUCCCUCCUCCCCGCCCUGCCCCUCAUUUUCCGCCCCCCCCCCCCCCACGCCCGGUUUCUCCCCUCCCCGCGCCUCCCUUUCUUUCUCCGUGCCUCUCCUUUGCUCCCUCCCUGCCCCCGCCUGCCCAUGCCCCUGUCUUUGGCUUCUCCCCUCCCUGCCCCACCCCCUGCCCGUUGCUGCCCCUCCCCUUGCCCCCUCAACUCCCCUGCCCCCCGUACACCCCAAGUCCCAUCCAACCGCCCCCACCCUCCCCCGGCUGCCCGUUUCCGCUCUCCACCCCCGCGACCGUGUGCGGCUUCCAACCGCCCAACGGUGUCACACCCCCUGCCCCCUCAUGCCAUCCGCUCCCCCCGCCCCUACCCUCCGCGUGCCCGCUCCCUUGCCGCCUCUUUUGACCCUCCCUGCCCCCCCUCGCCGUUUCCCACCGCCCGCCAUUCGCUCCUCCCCGCCCGUGCGCUCCCCUCCUUUACCUUCUCCUCCCCCCUCCCCUCCUCUGCUGCACGCCUCUUCCUUCCCCUCGCCGACCCACUCCACUCCCUGCCCCUCCUCAAUCCGCACCCUGCCCCUCGUAUCUCGCCCCCCUAUGCUUGGUUUCUCCCCUCCCUGCCCCUCGCCGCCUUUCCCCGCUCCCCACCUCCCCCCUCUCCCUGCCCCCCCCACUCUCCCCCCCCCUUGUCCUUGGCUUCCUACCUCCCUGCCUCACCUUUCCCCCCUCCGUGUGCUCAGCUUCUCCCCUCCCUGCCCCUCCCUCCUCCCCGCCCUGCCCCUCAUUUUCCGCCCCCCCCCCCCCCACGCCCGGUUUCUCCCCUCCCCGCGCCUCCCUUUCUUUCUCCGUGCCUCUCCUUUGCUCCCUCCCUGCCCCCGCCUGCCCAUGCCCCUGUCUUUGGCUUCUCCCCUCCCUGCCCCACGUUUCUUCCCUCCCUGCCCCCCGUCUGCCCCUCCCUUGUUUUCCCCUCACCCAUUGCUUCUCUCCUCCCUGCCCUUGAUUUCCCACACCCCUGCCCUCGUUUCCUAUCAUCCAUGCCCCUCUUGGCCCAGCCCCUGCCCGUUGCUGCCCCUCCCCUUGCCCCCUCAACUCCCCUGCCCCCCGUACACCCCAAGUCCCAUCCAACCGCCCCCACCCUCCCCCGGCUGCCCGUUUCCGCUCUCCACCCCCGCGACCGUGUGCGGCUUCCAACCGCCCAACGGUGGUGCGCACGGGGCGUUUCUUCGCAUGGGCAAGCCUCCCCGGGGGCCCCCCACCCCGCUGGGUCGUUUCACACCCCCUGCCCCCUCAUGCCAUCCGCUCCCCCCCGCCCCUACCCUCCGCGUGCCCGCUCCCUUGCCGCCUCUUUUGACCCUCCCUGCCCCCCCUCGCCGUUUCCCACCGCCCGCCAUUCGCUCCUCCCCGCCCGUGCGCUCCCCUCCUUUACCUUCUCCUCCCCCCUCCCCUCCUCUGCUGCACGCCUCUUCCUUCCCCUCGCCGACCCACUCCACUCCCUGCCCCUCCUCAAUCCGCACCCUGCCCCUCGUAUCUCGCCCCCCUAUGCUUGGUUUCUCCCCUCCCUGCCCCUCGCCGCCUUUCCCCGCUCCCCACCUCCCCCCUCUCCCUGCCCCCCCCCACUCUCCCCCCCCUUGUCCUUGGCUUCCUACCUCCCUGCCUCACCUUUCCCCCCUCCGUGUGCUCAGCUUCUCCCCUCCCUGCCCCUCCCUCCUCCCCGCCCUGCCCCUCAUUUUCCGCCCCCCCCCCCCCCACGCCCGGUUUCUCCCCUCCCCGCGCCUCCCUUUCUUUCUCCGUGCCUCUCCUUUGCUCCCUCCCUGCCCCCCGCCUGCCCAUGCCCCUGUCUUUGGCUUCUCCCCUCCCUGCCCCACGUUUCUUCCCUCCCUGCCCCCCGUCUGCCCCUCCCUUGUUUUCCCCUCACCCAUUGCUUCUCUCCUCCCUGCCCUUGAUUUCCCACACCCUGCCCUCGUUUCCUAUCAUCCAUGCCCCUCGUUUCCCCCCUUUCCCCUGCCCGUUGCUGCCCCUCCCCUUGCCCCUCAACUCCCCUGCCCCCCGUACACCCCAAGUCCCAUCCAACCCGCCCCCACCCUCCCCGGCUGCCCGUUUCCCGCUCUCCACCCCCGCGACCGUGUGCGGCUUCCAACCGCCCACGGUGUCACACCGACCCUGCCCCCUCAUGCCAUCCGCUCCCCCCCGCCCCUACCCUCCGCGUGCCCGCUCCCUUGCCGCCUCUUUGACCCUCCCUGCCCCCCCUGCGCCGUUUCCCACCGCCCGCCAUUCAGCUCCUCCCCGCCCGUAGCGCUCCCCUCCUUUACCUUCUCCUCCCCCCUCCCCUCCUCUGCUGCACGCCUCUUCCUUCCCCUCGCCGACCCACUCCACUCCCUGCCCCUCCUCAAUCCGCACCCUGCCCUCGUAGCUCGCCCCACUAUGCUUGCUUCUCCCCUCCCUGCCCCUCCCUUCCUCCCCGCCCUGCCCCUCAUUUUCCGCCCCCCCCCCCCCCACGCCCGGUUUCUCCCCUCCCCGCGCCUCCUUUCUUUCUCCGUGCCUCUCCUUUGCUCCCUCCCUGCCCCCGCCUGCCCAUGCCCCUGUCUUUGGCUUCUCCCCUCCCUGCCCCACGUUUCUUCCUCCCUGCCCCCGUCUGCGCCCUCCCUUGUUUUCCCCUCACCCAUUGCUUCUCUCCUCCCUGCCCUUGAUUUCCCACAGAAAGCAAACCUGCCCUCGUUUCCUAUCAUCCAUGCCCUCGUUUCCCCCUUUGUACGUUCAGCUCUUCCCUCACCUGCCCCUCCCUUCCUCCCCCCUGCCCUUUGCUCUCCCCUCGUUACGCUCCCUUCUCCCCAUCCCUGCUGCCCUCUUACCACCAUCAGCCCAUCCCCACGACCAGCCCCCCUCCCACCCUUCAUAUCCCCCCUCCCUCUCUCUCUCCUCUCUCUCUCUCUCUCUCUCUCUCUCUCUCUUUCUCACACAACACACACACACGCACACUCCCUCCCCCACCCCCCCCCACCUACAUCCUCCCAUUCUGCCCCUCCCUGCCCCUUUCCCACCCCCUCGCACGCCCCUCACCUCCACCGUCCGUGCAACUGGUUUCCCCCCUAUGGUGCCACCCUUGCAUCGCUCGCACCCUCUGCUCACCCUCUGCCCGCCCCUUUUCCGUGCCCUCAGUUGGCCCAGCCCCUGCCCGUUGCUGCCCUCCCCUUGCCCCCAUCAACUCCCUGCCCCCCGUACAACCCCAAGUCCCAUCCAACCGCCCCCACCCUCCCCCGGCUGCCCGUUUCCGCUCUCCACCCCCGCGGACCGGUGUGCGGCUUCCAACCGCCCAACGGUGGUGCGCACGGGGCGUUUCUUCGCAUGGGCAAGCCUCCCCGGGGGCCCCCCACCCCGCUGGGUCGUGUUUGGGCAAAAAAAAAACGAAAAGAAAAGAAUCGGACGCGCUAA